UUUUAGUGUCUUCUCGGGUCUGCCCCCUGACUGGACGUUUGGUCCUCCCUCGUCCCCUCCUCGGUCCACAGAGGAAACCCAUCCCUCGUGAGCAAAGUGCAUGAGGAGGGUGUCCAGGCCCCGAUCCUCUGCUCUCUCAUUGGUCACCACAAAACCCGCAGCAGUUUAAAACCCAACGCUGCUCUCUUUCCGCCCUCCACACGGCAGAACUUUUCAAAACAAAAAAAAAAAGUCAGAUAGGGAGGGACAGACACUCGGAGCGGCUGACAGAUAACCAGAUCCAGGAUGCCUGCGUACGCCACCAACAUGAGGCUGAAGUUCCCCAUCUUGGCCUUGAUUUUGGAGAUUAUCACCAUUAUUUUGUAUGCUGUAUUCGUGACCUACGAUGAUGGGAAAGGUCACGGACAUGAGCACAACACCAAUCAUACCGCCAAACCCAUGGAACUCUACCCAAUGUUUCAGGACGUCCACGUCAUGAUCUUCAUCGGCUUUGGCUUCCUGAUGACGUUCCUCAAGAAGUAUGGGUUCAGCAGCGUGGGAAUCAACCUGCUCCUGGCUGCCUUCGGCCUGCAGUGGGGCCUCCUCAUGCAAGGAGUCUGGCACAUGGAUCAUGGCAAGAUUAAAGUUGACGUCUUCAAAAUGAUCAACGCCGACUUCAGCACAGCGACGGUCCUGAUCUCCUUCGGGGCCGUUCUGGGCAAAACCAGCCCUGUGCAGCUUCUCAUCAUGACCAUCCUGGAGAUCACCAUCUUCUCCAUCAAUGAGCACCUGGUGGCUAACACUCUUGGAGCCAGUGAUGUCGGAGCUUCUAUGAUCAUCCACGCCUUUGGAGCGUACUUCGGCUUGGCCGUGGCACGGGUUCUGUACCGACCCGGAUUGAGGAAUGGACACGAGAACGACGGAUCCGUCUAUCAUUCUGACAUGUUUGCCAUGAUUGGAACCGUCUUCUUGUGGAUGUUCUGGCCCAGCUUUAACUCAGCCAUCGCUGAAUCUGGACCCGAGCAGCUGACCGCCGUGAUCAACACCUACCUCUCCCUGGCUGCCUGCGUGCUCUCUGCCUACGCCAUCUCCAGCCUGGUGGAGCACAAAGGGAAGCUGGACAUGGUACACAUUCAAAACGCCACACUGGCCGGUGGGGUUGCAGUAGGAACAUGUGCUGACAUGAACAUCCAACCUUUUGGAGCCAUGCUGAUCGGAGUGGUGGCUGGGAUCAUUUCAACUCUGGGCUUCAAGUAUCUCACUCCUGUGCUGGCAUCUAACCUGGGCAUCCAGGACACCUGCGGCGUCCACAAUCUGCACGGCAUGCCCGGCAUCCUUGGUGGGCUUGCUGGUAUUGUGGCUGUGGCACUGGGAAAGAAAGAUGGGGGCUUUGCAACCAUGCAAGCCGCCGCUUUGGCCUCAUCCCUCGGGUUUGCUCUGAUCGGAGGGGCUAUUACAGGUUUAAUAAUGAAGUUACCUGUCUGGGGACAGCCGCCAGACCAGAACUGCUUUGAUGACUCUAUUUACUGGGAGGUGCCCGAGGCGGAUGAGGAGAGCGAUGGCAGCUUGGCUCCAGCGGAUCACUCAAAGAACAAAACCGAAGCUUAAAUUCAGAAAAUUAAACCCAGCUAGAAAUUAACAGAUGAGCUAUUUUUCUUUUGGAAAACUGUAGAUCUUGAAUUUUUUUUUCAAAAAUUAGCAGUCAAACUUUUAAAUACUUGUGCACACACAUAUUAACAUACAGAUUUUUCAAAAUAAAACAAAUUGUUUAAAAAGAGACGGAGGAAGAACUGAUUAAAAUUCACACACUUUUAUUAGCUUUCCAUGUAUUUUUGGUAUAUUAUAAGCAACAUAUGAGCAUGUUUAGGACAUUCAUAUUUUCCUUUUAAAAAAGCAUUUGCAUGUGUGCUGAUUCUUGUGACCCAAAAACUGGGCUUUGCUCUGCAGCUUUGCAUUACCUCACUGGAGCCCAGUCCUUGUGAGUCAGAGUCCAGCAUCCAGACUCUGAGGAGGGCAGCGAUGGUCGCACAACGAACCUUAAAUAAAUGUGUUUCUACGUCUUUGAAUUUCUUAUUUUGUGGGGGCGCCUGUGUAUCUGAGCGUGACUUUGGCGGUUCCCGGACAAACCAGGUUUUUUUUUGUGUUUACUACUAGUUUUACAUGUACAUACAGACAGACGACACGGUCAGUUUUAUCAAAGCUGAGCAAUGAAACUCUCUUUUUUUUUAAGUUCAACCAUGUUCAUUUAUUUCUUUUAUGUCUUUUCUGUUUGAUUCUGCCUCUUAAAUUAAAAUAUUUAACGCAGAAAAAAACAAGUUUUCUGUAAAUGACUUAUUUUUUUUGGAGCAGCUGGGUCUCAAAUUGCAAAAAAAAAAAAUUAAAUAUAAGCUUGAUGAAACUGACCUCAAAUAAAGUUAAUCAAAGACAGUAAGGUUUGUCACAUGUGACACCUACAACACUGAAGAGCAUCAACAUUUUUUUUAUUUUUCUACAUGUGCUCCUUUUGUCUAUUAUACUAAUACUGUCAUAAAUAAAGUGUUUUGUACAAUUCUA